AUGGCGGAAACUGUCACUCCUACACGAAUACCCUUCUGGCGCAAAGUCAUCGACCAGGCUGGCGUCACCCCCGAAGUCGCCAACUAUACUUACCCAGGCUCCGGUACCAAAGAAGACCCUUACAUCAUCUCAUGGAUCCCCAACGAUCCCCGCGAUCCCAUGCGAUUCUCCAAAACGGCGAAAUGGGGAAUCACCAUGUUGGUAGCCGUCUCAACGCUCGCCGUCGCCCUCGCUUCUUCGGCGUACAGUGGUGGUAUUCUACAGACGAUGCUGGCCUUUGGUAUUAGCCAAGAAGUUGCAACACUCGGUAUCUCGCUGUUCGUGCUGGGAUUUGCCAUUGGACCGUUGGUGUGGGCGCCCAUGAGCGAACUGUUCGGUCGACAAAUUCUUUUCACCGUCACCUAUUGCCUGCUCACUGUGUUCAGUGCUGGCUGCACUGGCUCCAAGAAUCCCCAGACCUUGAUCAUCCUACGUUUCUUCGCCGGUGCUUUCGGUUCCUCCCCGCUCACCAAUGCCGGAGGCGUCAUUGCCGAUAUGUUCUCGGCCUCUGAGCGAGGGUUGGCUACGACCUUCUUUGCUGUUGCCCCUUUUUUGGGUCCCGUGCUCGGUCCUAUUAUUGGGGGUUUCCUGGGAGAGUACGCUGGAUGGAAAUGGGUGGUGGGCUUCAUCGCUAUAUUCGCUGGCGUGGUCUGGAUUAUUGGAACUCUCUUGAUUCCUGAAACCUAUGCUCCUGUCCUGCUUCGCCGGCGCGCCGCCAAGUUGCAUAAAAUGACCGGGAAGGUAUACGUGACGCACAUCGACGUGCAACGAGGCCACGUCUCGAUUCAGCAGGCUCUCAAGGCUUCUUUGCUGCGACCGUGGAUUCUGCUGUUGAGGGAGCCGAUUGUCUUGCUUCUUUCGGUCUAUAUGGCCAUCAUUUACGGAACCUUGUACAUGCUCUUCGGUGCCUUCCCCAUCGUCUUUGAAGGAACCCGUCAUUGGAGUCAGGGAAUCACGGGUCUUUCUUUCCUUGGUGUCAUGGUCGGCAUGUUAUUCGCCGUCAUGUAUAGUAUUUGGGACAACAAGCGUUAUCUGAGAGAAGUCGAGAAGCAAGGUGGAUUCGCAGCGCCCGAAGCCCGUCUCCCUCCCUGUCUCGUCGGCUGUGUUGCUUUGCCCGUCGGUCUGUUUUGGUUCGCAUGGACUAAUUAUCCAUCAAUCCACUGGAUAGUCUGUAUCCUCGCUGGCGUCCCUUUCGGUUUCGGCAUGGUUUUGGUUUUCCUCGGCGUCAUGAACUACCUGAUCGAUGCGUACACCAUCUUCGCCGCCUCCGUACUCGCCGCAAACUCCGUUCUUCGUUCUCUGUGUGGUGCCGCUUUCCCUCUGUUCACCACUUACAUGUACCACAACCUCGGUAUCCACUGGGCCUCGAGCGUCCCCGCCUUUUUGGCCCUUGCCUGUGUCCCGUUCCCAUUCCUCUUUUACAAGUACGGCGCCCAGAUUCGCGAGAAGUGCAAGUACGCCGCCGAAUCCAUUGCAUUUGUUCGCAAAAUGUUGCAAGCCGCCGCCGCCCAGGAUGAAUCAACCGAUGGCGAGAAAAUCGAAGAGCCCGAGUUUGAUCGUACCGAAGCCCCAGCUCCUCACGACGUCAGCUCUGAGUCUGGGGAUGAAGAGGCUGAAGAAGAACCCGCUCGUCGUAUGUACUCGCGUGCUUCACGUGCUUCUACUCGGACGGCCACCAGCUCUCAUCGCAGAUUUGAAUACGAAGGCAACCCGUACGACAUUGAUCGCGUCAACACAAGGGACUCGGACUUUAGCAUCAUUGCGCCUGGGAAACCUGUCGCAAUGCGCCGAGUUGUAUCAGACCUGCUCAUAUCAGCGGGGCGCCGACCCAGCAACAAUUUGUCAUCACUGCGAAAUCGAAGAACGAACGGUAGUAAUCCCUCACAACAACGACGGCACAAUUCGAAUAAGUCUAUCGAUGGGCCUGACUCCAUACCCACGAAAGGAUCGUCUGGAUCAACGACGUCGUCCACCGUCUCUCCACCUCCGACCUCAGCGACGUCGGCUACUUCACCACCAUUAUCAGUAUCCCGAAGUCGCCGCAGUGCAUGGGAACUCAUAAAAUCAGGUCCCAUCGGUCGGUUCGGUGAUUGGUACACAAAUACGCAGCACAAGAGGCCGUACGUUACGCAAUUGGCGAGUUCGUUGAUCAUUUAUCUGGCCGGGGAUUUGAAAAUGAAAACGACGGAAUCCGUUGAUGGAGGGGAACGGGAAACGGUCGCGACGGCGGGAUAUGAUCCGUUGCGCACGUUGAGGCAUUUGACUGUUGGUCUUGUGUCGAGUAUUCCUUCGUAUAAAUGGUUCAUGUUCCUCCACCACAACUUCAACUACACCUCCAAAUUCCGCUCCAUCUUCACCAAAGUCGCCGUUCAACAAGCUGUCUUCACUCCAGUUUUCAACACGUACUUCUUCAGCAUGCAAUCCUUACUAGCGGGCGCAACAAUCGAAGAAACAUGGGAACGACUCAAACUUGCUGUUCCCAACAGUAUUAAGAAUAGUGUGAAGCUGUGGCCGGCUGUGACUGCGUUUAGUUUUAUGUAUAUCCCCCCGCAUUUUAGGUCGGUGUUUGGGGGUAUGAUUGCGGUAGGGUGGCAGACGUAUCUUUCUUGGUUGAAUCAGAAGGCUGCGCGUGAGGUUGCGGCUGCUGAGGCUGCUGCUUCUUCUGGUGUUGAGAUCUCUGCUGUGAGAACUGCGGACGAUCGAAUUUCGCAAGCGGCUUGA